AAAUCGCUCUUCAAAAGACUUGAAGAAUGCUUUAGAAAAAUGCAAACUCAUAUAGAAACAAGAUAUGGAAAGCGCACAACGGAUCUGAAGUUCGAACGUGAUGCAAUGGUUGUGUUGAGGAAAAUUAUUCUUAGUACACCGCAUAUGAGUGCAGUUAAUCAUCUUUCAGAAACGUAUGUCGGUUCUUCAGAUAGCGGAAUAUCACGUGCUGCUGGUCCUAGCCCAAUUAUAAUGCCAAUUCAAAACAUUCCCGUUUUUGAACUUACAGAAGAGCUAACACCUAAAAGACCAUUGAGAUCUGAAGCUGAAAAAGACAAGCGUUUAUCACGUACACAAAGUCUUGUAACUACAAGUAUGUGUCUACUUCCAAAAUUGACAAUGCUUCGAUGUCUGGUGAAAGUAACAAUAGCAAAUUCAAAAAUUACAACCACCAACUCGCAAACAUCCGAGGAAAAUUUGGUUCCACCUCCACUUCCUAUUAAGCAUCGUGAUAGCGAGUAUGUAAAUGUACACGAAGAUUCUAAAUUCACGAAAAUUAAUCAUUCCUGGUCUCAUCUAAUCUGCCCCGAAAAGGUAUAGUCGCGGCUGCUAACAAUCAUUAUGAAAUUUUCAACUUAAAAAGUCGCGAUGCUGUCUCUCUUGAUGAAGUUUUUCUCCUUAAUUCAUUGAACUUUCAUAAUCAACAAUAAUUUACUAAUUUUAAUAAUAUAUUAUCAGAGAAUGGAACUAUAACUUUAAUCAACAUGUUAUUCUUUAAAAUAAAAUUUAAUUAUAUUUAGAACUCAUUCGUAAGAUGAAAGAA